UUCCGGGAAGGAGCCCAAGACCAUCUUAAGUUUUCCCACGUCUUCACUGUUUCUGACUCUACUGCUAAAGACCGAGGAGGCAGAACAAGAGAGAGAGAGAGAGAGAGAGAGAGAGAGGAGGAAAGGAAAGUACGGACAGCAGAAACGAUGAAGCAUAUUUUCAAGAGACUCCACAUCGGUGGCAAUCACGACCCCAAUCGAUCACACGAAAUUUCUUCUCCGUCUCUACCUUCGUCUUGUGCAUCGGAUCACCGUAAAAUUUCCGGCCAAAGUUCCGGUCACUCCCCGGCAAGUCCGUCUUCACCUGUUCCGGCCACUACUGAUAGUGCACACACUUCCCUUGCUGCCAAUCCACUGGAUUACUUUUCGUCCGAGGAAGAAUUCCAGGUACAGUUAGCCCUAGCUAUCAGUGCAUCCAAGUCGGAGUUCCGCGAUGAUACGGAUAAAGAUCAGAUCCGUGCGGCCACCUUACUGAGCUUGGGCCGCCAUCGGAUUGAUUCAGCUAGAAAUUCGGAUGAGGCUGCUGAAUCGUUGUCGCGUCGGUAUUGGGAUUAUAAUGUUCUUGAUUACAAUGAGAAAGUGGUCGAUGGUUUCUAUGACGUAUACAGUCUCACAAGCGGUCUGUCAAGCCAAGGAAAAAUACCUUCACUUGCAGAUCUUCAAGCAAAUAUUGGGGAUUCUGGUUUUGAAGUUGUUACAGUCAAUCGGGCACUUGAUCCUGCACUUGAAGAGUUGGAGCAAGUUGCACAUUGUAUUGCAUUGGAUUUCCCUACUCCAGAGGUUGUUCUCUUGGUACAGAGGCUAGCGGACCUUGUUACAGAGCACAUGGGUGGAUCAGUGAGGGAUGCUAAUAUCAUGCUGGCAAAGUGGAUGGAAAGAAGUGCUGAAUUACGGAAUUCUCUUCAAACCAAUGUGUUACGCAUUGGGUCAGUAAACAUUGGUUUAUCACGUCACCGUGCUUUGCUUUUCAAGGUACUAGCAGACAACAUUGGGGUGCCUUGCAGACUUGUGAAAGGAAGUCAUUACACUGGCAUUGAGGAUGAUGCUGUCAACAUAAUUAAGUUGGAGAAUGAAAGGGAAUUUUUGGUUGAUCUGAUGGCAGCACCUGGAACACUUAUACCAGCUGAUGUUCUGAGUAUGAAGGAUGCUUCCUUCAACUCCUAUAAUCCGAGGUUGAACAAGGGUCCUACAUUCCAGACAGAAGAUGAUUUGAGAGUUGGUUACUCAAAGCCAGAGCCUUCAUACGGAGUAUGUAGUAGUGGAAAUGGAAAUGGAAAUUCUACCCUUGAGAAUAAUGCAACCUCUGAAAGAACCUCAAUUACUCAAAACAUAGAAUCAGUGUCUUCUUCCUCAACUGCUGGUAGCGGAGUACUGCCUCCAGACCUUGGCAACAGUUCUGCUGAAAAUUCAAAGAGAGUGCUUCCUGAUAAUCAGUCACAUCAUCUAUCUUCUUUGGCUGCUGCAACUUCCUCACUGAAUAAUGGGAAUCAUGGUGGCCUUGUAGUUGGUGCUAGUGUGAAGGAGAAUCCUAAUGUAGUGCUUAAUCCUCAAGAUACCAAGGAGGACUCUCAAAACCUUUUUGCAGAUCUUAAUCCAUUUCAAAUAAUAGGAUCCAGCAAAACUUCUGCACAGAAAAAACCUUCAGAGUAUAUAGUUAAUGUUUUUCAGAGACUGAAAGAAAAUAUUGCUUCAGGUCCUGGGAGACCCCCGUUGCCAUUGAAGUGGAAGAAUCGUUCUACGUCCAAUGAGGUGCCUAGGACAAAGCAGUCUGAAUUUGUGGAAGGACUCUUUUCAAGGAACAGGCAAGAAACUAAUGAUGCAUCAUCGUCAGCUUCCGCCAGCUACGCCACUUCUCCAAAUAUCUAUUCUGAAAUUCCCAAUGUCAAUAUGUCUGAGGCCUCGAGAAAUUCUCAUGUAGUAAGUACAAGUAAAGAUGAUAUGGAUAUCUCUGGUUCUGGAAAUGGAGUGUUGUCAUCUAGCACAACUCAGGAUGAUAAAUUACCUUCUGAUGAGGGUGUCAUUCAAAUGGAAAGACCAUUCACAUUGGUUCCAUCUCCUGAGAAAAAUCAUCGAGAAGAGUAUCAUUCUAAAGAUGGGGCAGUUUUGCAGAAUAGCAUGGUAAACCAGAGAAAUGAAUGUGGCAAGAAUAUUGUCAAUAAACUUGAUCAAAGAAAGUGUACUCAUGACACUGAUGACAGAUUCAUGAAUCCUACUUUAAAAUUAAAGGAUCAGGAAGGUUCAAGUUCAGCAGUUAAUGCCAGUCCAAGUAGGCUUGAUCCAAUGCUAGAUGAUGUAUCAGAAAGGGAAAUCCCAUGGGAAGACCUUGUCAUUGGUGAAAGGAUUGGAUUAGGUUCUUACGGAGAGGUGUACCAUGCUGAUUGGAAUGGCACAGAAGUAGCUGUGAAGAAGUUUCUCGAUCAAGAUUUCUUAGGCGAUGCUUUGGCGGAAUUCAAAAGUGAGGUGCGAAUUAUGAGCAGGUUGCGUCAUCCAAAUGUUGUUCUUUUUAUGGGUGCUGUUACCCGCCCUCCCAACCUCUCUAUUGUGACCGAGUUUCUCCCAAGAGGAAGCUUAUACCGUAUUCUUCAUCGUCCCAAUUGUCAAAUCGAUGAAAAGCGCAGAAUAAAAAUGGCUCUUGAUGUGGCCAGGGGUAUGAAUUGCUUGCACAAUAGCACACCGACAAUUGUUCACCGUGAUCUGAAAUCACCAAAUUUAUUGGUUGACAAGAAUUGGAAUGUCAAGGUGUGUGAUUUUGGGCUGUCACGACUGAAGCAUAAUACAUUUUUGUCUUCCAAGUCCACUGCUGGAACGCCGGAGUGGAUGGCUCCUGAAGUUCUCCGAAAUGAACCUUCCAAUGAGAAGUGUGAUGUCUAUAGCUUUGGAGUUAUUCUGUGGGAACUUGCGACACUGAGGAUGCCAUGGAGUGGAAUGAACCAAAUGCAAGUGGUAGGUGCAGUGGGAUUCCAGAAUCGCCGGCUUGACAUUCCAAAGGAAGUUGAUCCCGUGGUUGCAAGAAUAAUUUGGGAAUGCUGGCAGACUGAUCCGAACUUGCGCCCUUCAUUUGCACAGCUCACGACAUCUCUCAAGCCCUUGCAGCAGCUUGUCAUCCCUUCACAUCCAGACCAGUUAAGUCCUCCAUCACAGGAGGUAUCAGUGAACUCUACACCUUAGAAAGAAUCUCAGUUUCUGUUAUUAAAAGGGAAACAAGGAGUUGCUUUUUGUAGGGUGAAGAUAAAUAUGAGAACCUAGAAAGUGUCAUUGGUUCUUAAUAAGUAGUAAGAUGAUUGUAUGUGUUUCUGUGCCACAUGUAAGGCCUCAAUGGCAUUUUUGUACUGGGUGUUCUUGGUUGUAUCUAUUUAUACACACACACACAUUGUAAUCUGAUUCAUAAUCACUUCUUGUAGGUUCUGAUUGUAUUUCUAAUGAAAUUGACUCUUGUCCAGCUUA